AUGGUCCUGAAGAUCAUAUAUUUCUUUGGAAUUCCCUCAUGGGGCCGGUGGCAGAAAGGGAAGGAUGUGUCGUGGUACGCCAAAGAUAAGAAGAGCGGCGCGUCUCUGUCUGAAGAGCAGGAGAUGGCAGCGGUACGAGAGGCGGAGCACGAGGCCAUGUCAGCAGCGCUGGGUCAUAAAACAAUCAAGAGACAACCAACUUGGCCUUACCAAAGAGGUUUGCAUUUCAUCGUGUGCCGGAGGGAAGGGGACGCGGUGGUCCGGGUCUCUGGGCGCCGAAGCUCCAGGGCUGGACGGAGAGGAAUGGUGCAAAAACAAGAAAAAGAAGCAGUAAAGAUGGGCUUGCCAGUUUUGACGGUACAUAGACAUAAAUACUUAGUUUUGAUACUAAUUUGAAUAUGAGAAUGUGUCAUGGUUUCAAUAUCUCAACAAUAUGUGACCCUGGAGCACAAAACCAGUCAUAAGGGUCAAUUUUUGGAAAUUGAGGU